UCCAACACCAUUUCAUUUCGUUCAUAUUCUUUUUUCUUCGCAUUCACUUUCCAAAGCUACUUCUCCGUCAAAAGCCCCCCCAAAAAAAGAAAAAAACUUCCCGAAUUUACUUCUUCUUCGAUAAUAGUAAACCAAAAAACAGACAGAAAAACAGAAAAGAAUCAUGGUGUUGAAGAGGGAAAGAGACCACACUUUUGGUAAUGAUGAUAUUCAUAGUUAUCGUAGGAUUGAGUCGAGCCUGGACAUGGCUAAUUGCUUGAUGUUAUUGUCAAAAGUUGGCCAAACAGACUCCGAUGUCGUCGACACCGAUAUUUAUACCAGAAAAUUAGAGUCGUCGCCGUCGUCGGAGCGCGUGUUCGCUUGCAAGACUUGUAACCGAACGUUCCCGUCGUUUCAAGCGCUGGGUGGCCACAGUGCCAGCCACAAGAAACCGAAGCUGUCCGAUGCGGACAACCAAGGCAUACCCCAGCCACCGCCCAAGCCCAAGACCCACGAGUGCUCCAUAUGCGGGCUCGAGUUCGCACUUGGACAAGCACUUGGUGGUCAUAUGAGGAGACACAGACAAGGUGCGGCCCAUAAUGGUCGUGAACAACACGCCCUGGUGCCGGUUUUGAAGAAAUCGAAUAGCAGCAAGAGAGUUUGCGUGGAUUUGGACCUGGAUUUACAUUUGGCGCCUCCCGGGAAUUUUUAUGAUUUGAAGGUGCAGUUCAAGGCUCCUCCCACCUUGGAAUGUUUUCUGCCGAGAUAUAUUUACAAUUAGCCAUGUGUUGAUAUAGGAUUUGGAUCGAGUCGUAGUUGCGGAUUUUCACAGUUUAUUUAUUGAUUUAUUUUCAUUGAAUUGACUCAUGUUCAUAUUAGAAAUUCAUUGGAUUCUUUUUUUCUUUGAAUUAUACCGGCCGUUUAAUGA